UUCGAGGUUAUCGAAAAUAAAAAAAACAUGUCGUCUGCAGUGUGCAUCGUUGGCAUCGUUUACGAACAAGACGUUAGGCGUUAACUUAUGACCAACCUCCUCGAAUACUACUGCCGCCUGAGGCUCACUUGUGCGAAAGGCAUAUCAGGAUGGGCAAGAAGUGACUGCUUGUGGAGACGUCGUGUGGACAAGAAGCCUUCAGGGCCCUUUGGAAUGUCGAUAUGUCUUGGUUGGGCGGCACGCUGUCGUCACUCACCAGCCAAAUAUCUAAUUUGACGAGCGAAGUUCUGCUCGAAGGACGAGAGGAACUGGACGACCAAGGAGCGCAACUGCAGCUGUUUAAAGCACGCCUCGAACAGCUUGAGGGCUGCAAUGCUACUCUUCGUAAAGAGCUCGAGCGUCUUCGGUCGGCCAACGCGGAACUGGAGGACCGGUGCCACGCCACCGAGCUGCAGCUGUGCGCCGAACGACGCUCCAGGGAGGAACGGAACAACCACGUGGUCAGCAAUGGAGAAGGAGACGAGCUGCCUUUGCUCCUGGAGCAGCACAGGGAUCGCAUCCAGGAGCUGGAGCGGGCACUUUCUGAGGCGGCCAUUGAGCGGCAGGAAGAAGUGGCCACUCUGCAGAGUCAUCAUGCUAGGCAGCUCGCACUGCUUCAGAGACACGUGGCUGAAGGAGAUGAUGCACCAUCAUUUUGGGAAAAGUCUGGCACUGACCUGCAAGUGCCCGAGCCUGAUGCCCCCAUGAGCUUGGACCCCCACGAGCGUGGAGACUCAAAAGAUGGCACCUGCCAGACAGAUGAUCAUGUGGUUGAGCAGUUGCUUCAAGAAAAGCAUCAGCUGGAGAUGAGCCUCGUGGAGUUAGACCAACAGAAUCAGGAGGCCCUCGCACAGCUACUGGCCUUAAAAACAAAGCUCGAGGCGGAGAAUCGCCAACAAGCCGAGGAGCUGAAGAAGUUUGAGAAGUAUUCAAAGCCAGCUUUGAGUCGAGCCUCGCAGACGGACUCCACGCCACUCAGAACUGCAUCGGUUGAGACUGAAAGCGUUGGUGCAUCCGUGUCUUCAACUGGUGUUCAGACUCAAAUUGUCACAGGAACAUCUCGAGAAGAACAGCACUCGGUAAGUUCCAUGGAGGACGACGAGAGAAAGUUCAAAGAGGCCAGGGAGAAGUGUGCUUGGCUGGAGCAAGAGCUCGCUAGCCGCAGCGCCCGAGAGGAACAGUUAGAAAAGAAAUUAGAGGAACUGACGGCCAACGGCGCCUUUGGCGAGCGUCAGGAAGGAGACGGAGCCGCGGCGCAGGACACUUCUACUAUGACGGCCAGCAUGGAGGAACGGCUGCGCAGCCUGCAGGCUGACAAGGACCGCAUCCUGUCGGUGAUGAACGAGAAGUCUCGCGAGAGCAGUUCGCUCAAGGCGGAGGUGCAUCGGCUGCUCGGCGUCAUCGCUCAGGAGCGGCAGGCGGCGGCCAAGCUGCGUCGCGAGCAGCAGGCAGUCCAGGAAAGCGACGACGUUGAGCUGACGCGGCAGGCCCUGCGCAACCUCUCGCAGCUCGUGCGAGAUCGUGAGCUUGAAGUCGAGGCGGAGAAGCAGAAGAACGCCACGCUGCUGCAGCUUCUGCGACAGUGCUCGCCGGUCGACCAGGAACACCUGCAGGAGCUGCUGGAGGAGCGCGAGUCCCUCGCCCAACGAGCUGCUCUGGCUGACGAAGAGCAGGGCCACCUCAAGGUGGCACUGCAGCAGAAGGACAGGGAGCUGAGCGAGGCGCUGGCGCAAGUGGACAAGCUGGCACUGGACCUAGGGCUGGUCCGCCUGCAGGUGGACUCCUCGAUGCAGAAGCUGGAAGAGAAGACCAGCGCGCUCCUGGCUGCACGGGAGGAAGCGCUUGCUCUGCGACAGCGCAUAGCAGAGCUCCAACGUGUCGAGCAUUCACAACCGGAGUCUUCUGGAAGCUCAGGGCAACACUGGCAGACGCAAGCGGAACAGUAUCAGAAGCAGGUGCAUGAGCUGCAGUUGAAAGAGGCCAAACUGAGCAAGGAACUCGAGCGGCUUCGGACUCAUCUUAUUCAGAUGGAAGAAAGCUACACUCGAGAGGCGCUUGAGGCCGAGUCCCGGGAAGAAAGUCUUCGGAGCCGUCUGAUGAAACUGGAAGAGUGGGCCCGUGUAUCCGAGUCUGCAGCUCUGAAUGCUACGGAACAGGCGAGCCAGCAGGUGGACAACCUUGUGCAGCAGUUGGCCCUGACCCAAUCACAGCAGUCGGCCCUAGCGGAAGAACUGCGCCACAGCAAAGCCUCACUCACCAACCUGCAGUCGGUGCUGGACCACUUUCAGACAGAGAAGGAGAGAGAGAUUCAGUUGCUGCGCUCCUCGUACGAGUCACAGCUGUCCCUGGAGAGGGAGAAGUCUCAGCAGCUCAUUUCACUGGUCACUCAGAAGCAGGAACAACUGGAGGGAAGCAGAGAUGCUCUCGAAGCUGCCGAGCGGCUCAGCCAGCAGCUGGAUCGUCGAGAAGAGGUGAUAGCAACACUCAAGCAGCAAUUGUCUGAGCGGGAAGCUGAGCUGGAGAGGAUACGCCAAGAGGUCUACGAUGUCCGCAGCACGACGGAGGGAAAGGUGGACAAGCAAAUAAUGAAGAGCUUAGUGCUCGGCUAUUUCAGCAGUCCACAAGGUCAGCGUCCAGAAGUGGUUAGACUACUGGCCCGUGUGUUGGACUUCAGUCGGGAUGAAAUGGACAAGGCUGGCAUCAGCCUGGGUUCCCAAGAGGGCAGGAUCCACAUAGGCUGGAUCUCUGGUUUCUUCCGGAAGUCGGCUGGCACUGUACCCAGGCCGCUUAACCGAGAGUCCUUUUCGGCGCUGUUUGUCAAGUUCCUGCAAGAAGAGUCCGAGCCUCAGCAAGAGGUGCGCCUGCCCGUGGAGGCUAUGGCUUUGGGAACGGUGUCCCGACUGCCAGCCAUCAAGGCCGCUCCCACGACACCACCGCAGCAGCACCUGUUGCUGCAACCCAUCUCAGAGUCACUGCCAACCUUAGCGCCAGUGACACCCGACGAUUCCAGAGACUCUACUGCAUUCCUCCAAGAAAUGCUCAGUUCUGCACGGUGACUCUUUCGUAGAAUAUACAUUAUUUUUUCAUGUUGAAUCUGACUACUCACAGCCUGCCUUCUCUGGCUGGCCUGUGUGGAAGGAAACAUCUCCCGCUGAGUGGCUAGCAUUCAAGAAAGUCUCACCACAGGUGGAAUACAAGUUGUGCACUCCGUGUCAUAUUUUGUGGUGGUGCCCAUGGGUGUCUGCAACCACUAGAUGCUGCUAAAGUUUGUACGUGGCACUCGGAAGCAGUACACUGUUGGGCUUUUGUUUUUGCUACACAAGCCUAUUCACAGAAGAGCUUCACCACUGAUUUGUACGUGGCCCCAGGUAAACACAGUACUAUACUGUGUGUGUGCACAUAAGCGAGACAUGUGACAUUUUGUAACAAGCUGUUUUGAGAUUCCUUGUGAAAUACCCUGGCAGGCUGUGCUGCACCACUGAAGAAAAAGGAGCACGGAAAAAAAAGGCCCCUUUUUCACUGCCACAUGGUUCGCACACUGCAGGAGAUUGGUAAAACAAAUACGUCUGAAGAUGUGACCUUGCAGUGCCACAUGCUGCAAACCCUUGUGCAGUCCGAAGUUGCUUGGGUCUCAAUAUUGUGCACCAUUUUGUUGAUGCGAGAGAGCAUGUUUACGUCAUUCUAGUCCAUCGUAUGAAUGCCUGCAAUAAUGUCCAGAGCAUGCCUUGGUUGUAAGCAUAGGUCGGCAAACUCACUCAUGAGUCGACUCACUCAGACUCAGAUCGGCCCGUGAGUAUGAGUUUGAGUGAACCCGGGUGAGUGAUAUCUUGGUGAGUUUGAUUCCGAGUAAGUCUGGUUGAGGAAAUGUCUAGUGAGUCCGAGUCAGAGUGAGUCCGGUUGAGGAAAAUUUUGGUGAGACUGAGUCCAAGUGAGCCCUCAGAGCAGAAUAUACUUCUUGAGUGAGUCUGAGUGAGCUCCAACUUUUUUUGCCGACCUGUGGUUGUAAGUACUAGACGCUUUUCACCGCAUGCACAUGGUCACAUUCGAAUUGGAGACGGCAAAACUACCCCUGAAAAGUAAUUACUAUACCUAUAGCUUUUCUAGAAUUGUUCAAAUAUAAUUAAAUUACAUUGCAAGUUGUGGCUGAAAGUAAUUACAUUACUAUUACUUUUGAAAUGCAAUGAAAUUCACCAUUCCUGCGCUAAUUUGUGUGCACUUUAUUUACAACACAGAUAUUACAUUGAAGUCUCGGAUCCCUUUGUUUAGCUUCCCACGUUUGAGGUUUGGCACUCAUAUCAACUUAGUUCUCACUCGUAUCUCAGUUAGUUGUCUUGCUUUUUUUUUGGUCAAUAUCUUGUGCCAUAGGGGAAGUGGGCAUGCUAUGUUUGAAUCAAAAGAAAUUGGGAAAGUAAUGAGUCAUUUUCUUAAUAUUACCCACUCAAGAUGAUUUAUCAUAUUACUAAAUUACCAGUCCAUAAAAGUAAUUCAUUACAUUUCUCGUUGCACCAAACAUAAUUUAAUUACUGUAAUUUCAUUACUGUUAAGUCUCAUGUGAAUGCCUAUCCUUAGCUUUCCUCAGCCAGUAUCUGCUGCCUCUAUUCCUAUUGGUAGUGCAAAAUUUCUGUGCAGUGCAGCUAGACGUUGUUUCUGGUAUCUGCUGCUGGCAGCCACUGUGCGAACAGCACAAAAAUGUAGUUGAAGCUUCAAAAGGCAUCCUCCUGCAGAACUUGUGUGCCUUGUCAAAAUGCUAGGAGCACUGUAAUAUGGUGCACAUACAUACUCUUACAAGGCGUGUUUUCAGAGACACAAUGAUACCUGCUUUCAUCCGCCGUAUUAAAGCAGGAUUACAUUAAUUUGCUUACAUGUUUUUCUCUUAUUUAUUGCUAAUGGCUUUGAAGUGUGAGGUUGUCAAGUUUUUGUGCGAUGUCUUUAUUUGCUUUCAAAAUCUGUGUCAGUUGCAAUAGAUUUGCUUAUGCCACGCUUGGAGCCUUAAAGGAGUACUGACACGAUUUUGAAGUGCAGCAAAGCGGACGUUUUUUGUUUCCUUGGCAUGUAGUGUUAACGCUCUCCCCACACCGCAUCCGGGAAACACGUAUAAAUAUUUAAGUUUGAUUUUAAAGUUUUCAUCUCCCAGCAUCUGCAAGGCAGCUUCACCGCAUGGAGAGCCCUAUGACGUUUCAAGUCAGCUCACUUGGUUUGCGAAAUCUGGGUUCUGCAUGCAGCCUAAAUCACAGAAAUCGCUGUCGGAGGCACUGGACGACAGUUCACUCAUCAUGAACCACGUUCGACGGACAGCAAAGGACAGCAGGUGCAUAAUUCGUGGGUUGCAGUCUGCCCGUGACGUCACGGGCAGACUUGACACGUCACUAUGAAGCCGCCCUCUCGAAACCGAAACUGCUGGUUGAAAGAAGCGGUAUUAAAAAUAUAUGCAAUGCAUCCCCAGGCACCACGACACUCUUUUUAGGGUUCUCGACACCCGUGCUUUCAUUUAGAGCAACAACCCGAAAAAUUUUUAAAUUCAUGUCAGUACUCCUUUAAAGGUCUUAUGUUUCGAACCUUUGUGGUAGCAAAAAAGACAGCACAUUGUGCAUGACUUCUUUACACACUUAUUGUAAUGAAAUGUAUGGCUGCAAGCAUUCAUGCUUAGUAUGUGUAAACUGCUCAUUGAUUGGCAUACUCUGUAAUGAGCGAGCCCUUAUACGGGUCCUACAACACUUUUACAAAUAAUCAUCAAAUCACCUCGCUAUCGGAGUUUAUUGCUUCAUGAAUUGAUUGCCGCAAAAAUGUUGUGAAUCUGUCAAAUACGAGUGGUGUUGCAGCAUUUGUUGCACACUUUAGGUGCGCGACAAAUGCCUGUAAUUCCUCUACCUCGCAGAAUCCUUUUGUCAUGUUCGGUGUUUGUGCAGAUACUGCUAUUACUAGGCAUCCCCACUUGAUUCACUGCUUAUUAUGAGGUAAAAGAAAUGGACACUGAGAAGCGGCGCUGCAUUUGCAAUGACUAGUGGAAGCAAGAACACAUGUCAAGCUGCGGCACAUGCACACAGCCUGCACGUUGAACCGCACUGCAUGAAUGCACAUCGCAGCAAUGCAGGCUUUACUCCAUGGCCACUGAGUAGUAUAACCCACCGUUCGCAGCAUGUGUUGCGUGUACAACUUCACCAGUGCUGCUAGUAAAGAAAUUCUGUUAAGAAAUGUUUCAUGUUGUUUUUUGCAUUACCAUUCGACGAUUAGGCACACUGAUCGGUGAUCUUUCCGUUGCACUAAACAAAACGGCAUGAAAAUUGCGAGUCGGUCUGUUUAAAAUUGAGAACUUAAAGGGGCCCUGCAACACUUUUUGAGUACGGUCAGAAAACGCUGCCGAUCGGUAGUCGAGGCUCCCGAGAACGUGAGAGCCAAACGUUGUAGCGCAGCACGCUGCCUGAAAUUUACGUUUAAUUUUCAAGGUCAACUAGAAAUCACUUGCUCAUCGCUCGACAAAUGAUAGCCAAAUCUAAAAUGACCGCGCCAUAAACACAAAGUCCACGGCCAUUGGCUGAUUGGAGCAUCGUGAGCUGCAUAGUUGCUGCGGUUACUGCAAGGUGCCGUGACGUGCCUGCGCUGCAAUCUAUAUAGUGCUAGAAUUACACCAGCGGGCUCGCGGUCACACUGAAAGUAAGCCGCAUGUUCAAAUAAAAAAUUAAAAUAAAAAAUAAAAUGCUCAUGACACGUGCUUGCAAACGGAUAUAACUUCUUGCCCCUUUGUCAUCUACCCUGCAUAGCUUUGAGUGUGCUUAAAGCUUGCAACAAAUCCUUGCGACUCUGCUCGUACUUGACGGGCUCUAAAAAUUUUUGCAGCAGUCGGUUCAUGAGGCGAGCACCUGUGAUGAAGUCAUUUGAUGAUUACUCGGACAAGUGUUGCAGGGCCCCUUUAAGCCACAGCGAGUUCCAGUAAAGGCCUGAGAAACAUUUACAGGCGUGAGCAAGUUUCUUCUAAAAUUGUAGUGUUAUUUAACCAUCAUAUUUUUGAGGGAACUUUGCUUAUGAUCACAUGUAUAAUCUCAAAAGUGUUGCACUAUUGACCGCAAGAUCGAGCAGAGUCGCCGCCUGGCAGCUUCUCGCUGAACCCCACCUAGUGUGGAUUGCUCCCUGCGUCGUCUGCUAGCCACGUCAUGUUUGCAUGUAUGCGUACGUCAUGCACAUCCUCGAAGGGCAGUCUGUUCCAUUUGUAGCGCAAUUCCACUGCUUGUAUGUAUGCCAUGUACUGUUGUCGUACCCUCCGUUAGCUAGAAUAAUAUCGGUGUGGGUGCCGCUUUGGGGUUUAAGCACAUCGACAAGUGCUUUUGGCGUCGUCCUAACCAGGAGGAGUAUUAAAUGUGUGAAUGAAGCGUUUUAGCGACUCAGUGGUAAACAAGAACAAGGCUCUAAGCCUUGCACUUUCACCUUGUUAGGACUGUCGUUCAUCGGUUUUGGGACAAGCUUUAGUUGCGCUUUUAUUGUGCGCUCCUGGUUCCACUACAAAGAAGCGUUUCUCUCAAGUGAAGUCUGAAACUCCGGUACUUAAAUUUUCCCCUAAAAAGAAUAGAAUAUCGAAUGACGCGGAGCUGAUAAAAUGGAGUUCUGUGCGCAAUUUCAGCCUUGUGUAAAAUUUAUACAAGAACAUCCGUGUACUUAGAUUUAGGUACGCGUUGAAGAACUCAGAUGGUCAAAAAUAAUCCAGAUGGCAUGCCUUAGAUUUAUGUCGUAGUAAUUUCUCGCAAAACCUCUUUCUUUUACAUUAUCUUGUGCGUUUUUGUGGUGUUAUAGAUUGACGGAAGGCAGCGGACAUUGUUUGCUCGAAAAAACAAACAUACCGUAAAAUAACCGGUCCUUUGUUGCAUCACUGUCAUGGAGGUAAUGAAUUGAAGAAAGCUCCGUGCUGUACUGUUAUCUUUUUAUACUAUUACUGGCAUAAAAACAAGCGCGCACAUGCUAAACGUCUGUAGUGCUAAAGCGUAGUCAGUCAUUUAGCUUUCCUGACUAAGCUCAUCAACUGUUCUACAUUUCAUGGAGAACUGAAACAAAAAUAAAAAUAAAGAACAGCUCCA